AUGGCCACGGAAUCCACGCCUGGACUGCUGGCAUGGCUCCGGAGGGACUUUCGAUUCAUCUUUGGCCGCGUGCGUAAUCCGCCGGCCUGUGAGACAAACCGGCCGGGCAGCCAGGACAAGGACCACCCUGCGACCUUGUUCGAUUUCUUCCACGCACGAGGCAGAGCAGACGACAAGAAGGCCAACAAACUGACCAACGACAUUGAACGGACCCUGCGACGCGCUGUCGUAAACCAAAACUGGCGCAACGUCCCUGCGAACUUCCAGCAAGUAGCUAAGCUCACACACGAGUAUGUCAUCUCCUCUCCUCCUAUCCCAGUGUCGUGUCUCACAAUCCCCAGCCAUUACUACGAGGCCGUCCUCAUCGCCAUCCUCAAUUACAUCGCCGUCACAGACAAAUGGAUGACCGUGUUCAAACACAUGCAGCUCAUUGAGUACUUGCUGCGCACCGGCUCGCGCAGGCACUUCUACUACACCAGAUCUCGCAUCAACCGCAUCAAGCAGGUCGUCAUCAAGCACCCGUGCAGGGCCGGAUGGAGCGAUGCCAUCAAGCAGAGGAUCGACACACAGAUGCGCCUCGUCGUGCGCCUGGUGACCGAGCACCGCUAUACCGCAGUUCAGUCUGAGCCGCGGCGGGUUUGGGAGCCCAGGAUCACGGACACGCCCAUCCAGGACGAUUCAGUCGGUGUUGUGGCCACCAUUAAUGCCGCCAGUAAUACUGAUGCUCCCACUGCUGAGGCCGUUCACCCUGCUCCCCGUAACUUGACCCGGGUUGGUUCCAGGUCUGCUGCCGCCGCUGUCCCUACCAACGACACAUUUCCUCCGGGCACAUCUCCUCCUGGCCGUCCGGGAGCUCAGGCUCCUGUAAGACGCCCUUCCGCAAAUCAAGCCCAGAAACAAGGCCCUUACUCGACCCAUCCCCUCCGCAACAAAACGCCUACUUCUGUUCCCGCUUCUGCUGAUACUACUAUUUCGCCCUCCACCUCCGUCAGGACCACCUCUACUGCUGCGGCAUCGCGUCGAUCGAGACCAUCCAUGGGACUUUCCAGCACUCGGGAUUCAGUCGCCUGGCUCGCAUCCGUGCGCGGGAUAGAGAUUGGUCCUACCGAGUACUGUAAUUACGGCCACAAUCCCCCCUCCUCGGCCGGCUCUUCAUCUUCCACGCACUAUGCGUCGACCCAGGCCUCCUCUGUAUCCGCAAAUUCGGCAAGGGAGCCGAAGCCCGGCGUGGCGCGUUCUGCCAGUCGCAGCGUCCAACUGCGUAAUUGA